AUGGCGCAACCACAGCAGCAGGUCUUUGCCCCUGGGCGCGAUGAGCGCAGACCUUUUCAACCUUCACACACAGCUGCCGAGCACGCCGCGCUGGUCCAGUCCCGCGAGACGGGCGAGGUCUUGUCCGACGACAUCCUGCCGCCCAGGGGCCAAGUCAAGGCGCUGCCUUUUGCCAAGUCUUGGGUGCAUUUCAUGGCCGGAGGAAUUGGUGGCAUGACGGCCGCGACCCUCACCGCACCCCUCGACGUUCUGAAAACACGACUCCAGUCCGACAUUUACCAAGCCCAGCUGCGCGCCGCGCAGACCAUGCAGGCGCAGACAGCGCGCAACCCGCUCUCGGCCGCCUUUUACCACCUGGGCGACACGCUGCACAUCCUGCGUACUGUGCAGCGCACCGAGGGCACCAAGGCGCUCUUCAAGGGUCUCGGCCCCAACCUCGUCGGCGUGGUGCCCGCGCGCGCCAUCAACUUUUACGUCUACGGCAACGGCAAGCGCAUCCUCGCCGAGCGCUGGAAUCACGGCCAGGAGGCGCCGUGGGUGCACAUGCUCGCGGCCGGUGUGGCGGGCAUCGCGACGUCGACGGCCACCAACCCCAUCUGGAUGAUCAAGACGCGCAUGCAGCUAGACAAGAACGUCGCGGAGCGGGCUGGCGGCGUUGAGGUGCGCAGGCAAUACCGCAACAGCUACGACUGCGUCCGGCAGAUCCUGCGCGAGGAGGGCGUCCGCGGCAUGUACAAGGGCAUGAGCGCGAGCUACCUGGGCGUUGCCGAGUCGACGCUGCAGUGGGUGCUGUACGAGCAGUUCAAGGCGUACCUCGCGCGCAGAGAGGAGCAGAUUGAGCGCAGCGGGCGCGAGAAGACGACGUGGGACCGCUCGGUCGAGUGGACGGGCAACUUUGGCGCCGCAGGCGUGGCCAAGUUUGUCGCUGCCAUCCUGGCCUACCCGCACGAGGUGGCACGCACGCGCCUGCGACAGGCUCCUGUUGCCGACGGCCAGCUCAAAUACACGGGUCUCGUGCAGUGCUUCAAGCUCGUCUGGAAGGAGGAGGGUCUCAUGGGUCUCUACGGAGGCUUGACGCCACAUCUCCUGCGCACCGUGCCCAGCGCUGCCAUCAUGUUUGCCAUGUACGAGGGCAUUCUUCGCCUCUGCAACACGCCGGCGUAA